AUGCCUGUCCGCUUCGGCCCCAACCAGUUCCUCGAGUACGACGACCGCUACGGGGUGCUGCUGUGCCACGAGUGCCAGUACGCCAUCCAGAAGAGCGCCCUGCAGAGCCACCUGCUCCGGCACAAGAUCUACCGCGCCGAUCGACAGCAACUGCUGGACGUGAUUGCGGGCCUGCACCUCCUCGAGCCCGAUCACGUGCCCCUGCCUCCCCCGGAGUCGCCCCCCAUCAAGGGCCUCCCCGUCAUCGCUGGCUAUCGAUGUACGGCUCCGGACUGUGCCAAUCUCUGUGCCAGUCUCAAGCGCAUGAAGGGCCAUUGGAGGGAAAGCCAUGGUCUUGCUGAUGCUUCCCUUACGCGCCCGGUGAAGCUGCAGACUUUCUUCCGCGGGACCAAGAUUCGCUACUUUGAGGUUACGCCUACAGCAGACGAUGCUGACGAAAGACGAGAUGAAGAGGUUGACGACGAGGAGAUGCACGACCAGGAGGAGGGGCAAGAGCUGACGCUGUCGAUUGCAACUCAUAUUCCCACCCCGACUGUGAACCUCGAGACGCUGUCCUACUUCCACCACUUCACAUCGACCACGAGUCUUACUCUGCCCAGUCCGCAAAGCCCAUUGUCAUCAGCCCAAUUCUGGCAGACUCAUGUCGUGCCUCAAGCGCUGCGUCUGGAAUGGCUGAUGUGUGGUCUGCUGGCGCUCGCCGCCUGCCACUUGGUCGCAUUCACGGACAAUAAAGCAGUCGAACAGCAGCACCGGACACGGGCGGCCGAGUUCUCAUCCCGAUUCCGCACUGGCUGGGGAGAGUCGGUUGCGAUCGCUACUGAAGAAGUGAGAGAGGCAGCGAUGCAGAUUGCAUGUUUGCUACGUUGUGCACACUGGGCGUUGGCCGAAUCAGCCUCCGACCAGCGCAUUAUGCCCGAGCCAGGCGUGCCAGAGCAACUGCAGGAUAUCGUCACCACCAUCCAGAGCUCCCUGCCUCCCGCCGCACCGCCUGAACCUGAGACGCCCGUGCAGGCGCUGCGAAUGCUCUCAUGGAGCUCCCCUGCGCCCGGGAGCAAAAUCCCCACAGAGAUCUGGAACCGCAUUCUCGGUCUCCCGCCUUACAUGGCCGACACCUUCCGGAAUCACAAUGCGCCGGACGUGUUUGCCCUGUCAUCGGCGGGUGCGGCCUUGGUGGAAUGCAGCGAUACGAGCUUUGCGACCGACGAGGUUGGGUCGGCGUGGUGGGGGAUGGCGAGCUGGCUGAACCGAGUGCCGCUGCACUUUCGGGACUUGGUGGCGCGCCAUGAUCCAGCGGCCCUGGUCCUGGUCGCUCAUUGGGCAGCGCUUCUGGUCAAUCGAGCCGAGCGCUGCGGAUGCUGGUUCGUCAGGGGGUUGAGCAUGACGAUCCUGCUGCGGAUUGCCGAGCGACUGCCCGAGAACGAUGACGGAGCGGUGCAGCGACUCAUUGCGUUUACGAUUGCAGCGUAG